UCCAGGUUUUUCUUUUUGGCACCGUUAUUUCUCGCUAUUGUUGCGUUAUGGCUGGUAAUGAUGAGCUGUAUUUUUCAUUGUUAGUUUUUUUGUCUUGUUUACAUCCCCAUGCUCUUUGAUCCCCUCUUCGCUGCGUGAAAAGUAGCCCAUGCUAGCUUACCGCCACAAAAAAUACUUGUCAAAAACUGAUUCGCCUUUCAACCGACUUUACCUUUUUGCAGGUAUCCAUCGUGUAUUAUGUAGUUUCACUUUCAUAGAGUAAGCUUGUCAUCAGAAUGCAAAGUAACAAAACUUGCAUCAAUGGAGGUCGUUGCCGACUUGUAACACCGAAAAUCCCAAUUCCACCACUCUUCCUUGUGAAAAUUUGUGUCACCUUGGUAACUGUAUCGCCAUUUCAAUAAGAUCUUCAAACUUUUUAUUCUGCUCGUGCCUCCUGGCUUCAUCUGUUUCUUUUCAACAUGUCUCUAGAUCGUCCUUUUGGUAUAUACUUGCACAGCUACUUUGAUACAGCCUACCAAGCUGUUACUGGAAAACAAGCAAGCAGCUUCCGUUAUAUUCAAGGACAAACCCCACUGUCAGAAAAUAGCACAGUUUUCUGGACCUGCAUUGGAUACUAUUUCCUGAUUUUUACUACUCAAUUCUUGUUCAAGCGUUUGGAUAUUCCUGCUCUCCGCUUGAAGGGGUUAUUCAUCUUCCACAAUCUUCUUCUUACUGCUGUCUCUGGUGGCCUGUUGCUGUUGUUCAUAGAGCAACUGGUUCCUAUUGUUGCCAGACAUGGACUCUUUUACGCCGUCUGUAACCACGACGCUUGGACUCAAGAAUUGGAACAUUUGUAUUACCUCAAUUAUCUCGUCAAGUACUGGGAAUUGAUAGACACCAUGUUCUUGGCUGUGAAGAGAAAGAAUAUCGGAUUUUUGCAUUGGUACCAUCAUAGCAUGACCAUGGUGUUGUGUUUCACUCAGCUGAAUGGCAGAACUAGUGUGUCUUGGGUGCCCAUUGUCCUUAACCUCAUGGUUCACGUCCUGAUGUAUUACUAUUACGCUUGCACUGCUGCUGGAUACCGCAUUUGGUGGAAGAAGUAUCUUACUACCCUGCAAAUUACUCAAUUCGUGAUUGACUUGUUUGUCAUUUACUUCUGUUCUUACAACUACUUCACCUCUACAUUCUGGCCAUUCAUGCCUUAUUACGAUAACUGCGCUGGAGAAGAGAUUGCUGCCUCGUUUGGAACCUUCUUGCUUACCAGCUACCUCUUCCUGUUCAUCAGUUUCUAUCGCAAGACCUACAAGCCUAAAAUGCCUGAAGAAAAGCCUAAAGCCGCAUAAACUAAUCUACAUCCUCUCAUCAUCUCUUUUACGUACUUGAAAGUAGUAAUAUUACACUUAAUAAACCAUCAAUAAUGUAAUAGGUCUCACAUUAUGUAUG